GCGGCUUGCGGUUCAAGAUGGCGGCCGCGAGUGAUUUUCCUCCCGAGCUCUCGACUCGUCCUUUAGGCCUCGUGGCUCUGUCAGGACUAGACACAGCUCAGAAGCAGCUUCACAAAGCGAUAUGGGAGUCUUUCAAUAACAUAGCUACAGAGAGAGCGCCUCUUUCAUACAAACUAGUACCGAAAGAUCAUGAAUUCCCGAAGGCGAAACCAAAGAGAACGUCAUAUGACUGGUAUAUCCCUAAGGGAAUCAUCAAAAGCAAGUGGAUGCUGAAACAUCUUAACCUGGUCCCUGCCGUUGUGGUUGUAUUUUAUGAGCUAGAUUGGAACAAUGCACAAUGGAAGGAUAAACAGGCAGAUUGUGCUGCACAAGUUGAAAAAGUCAGGGCAAGUCUCCAUGGUCGCAAUACAAAGGUUGCAGUUGUGCUCAUUCAGAAAAACACCCCUCUGCCACCAGGCGAAGAUAUGCAGGCUGCUGAAAGAGCGGCUGCACUAUGCAGUGCCUGUGAAUUGUCGGCCAAGUCAUUGUUUGUGCUGCCAUUGACAGACCACCUUCCGGGAUAUACAAAAAUGCUGGAGAAUGCAUUCUAUGAGCUGGGCCAGAGCUAUUAUCAUGGGGAAGGUCGGAGAGUCAAGGCCCACAAGGAGUUCCUGAAUAAGAGUACUCAUCAACUCUUGCUAGUUAGGCAUCAGUUCAAAGUGGCUUUCUUCAACGAGCUGCGGCAGGACCCCCACUCUGCUGUCAAGCAUUAUCGACAAGCAUACAAUUUAGUUACUGAACUUCGACUGACAGAUGUUAACAUGCUUGAAGUGAAAGUUGUCGCAGGAUUUAUAAACUAUAAGAUCUGUCGUCUGAGUUUUCAUGCAUCGGCCCCCCUAGAUGCCAUCUCUCAGUUCAGAAAACAUGUGGAUUUGUGGAAAGAGAAGAUUGGUUGUCCUCAGCUGGCCUUUGAGCAUGUUGCAUGGCUCUCGAAGCAGUUUAGUAUGUUUGGUGACCUGUUUGAUGAAGCCAUUCGUAGUGGAUUGACGGCACUUCAGACACAACACCCUGGCUUCUACUAUCAGCAAGCAGCGAACAAUGCUAUUAUCAGACGGCAGUUGUGUGAAGGCCUCUGCCAUGCUGUAACUCCUCAAACCAUGGACCCACUUGAAAAUGCUGGCAAACUGGACUUCUUUGGACAGAGACCAUGGAGACAGGGUUUUCAAGGUAUAGAGCUAACAGAUCAGACACUGGAGCAUGCUGGGAUAGUAGCCCUUCAAUCUCAGGAGGUCAUGGUUGACCACUCUUGGAUUAUAAUACCACUAUUAAGCAGUGCAGUUGCUCAAUUCAAGAAGUACAAAUCCCCAAGAAUGAAGAGAUAUCUAAUGGUGCAGAUGGGAGAGGAGUACUACCAUGCCAGGGACUACAGCAAAGCUCUUGUGCUCCUUGGCCGUGUCACAUGGGACUACAGACGUGAGAGAUGGUGGGCCUUACUCACAUCUGUUCUUAUCACAUCUCUAAGGUGUGCCUAUCUAGUUGGUAAUGUCAAGGAGUAUGUAACACUUUGCUUUGAGCUCAUGGGGAGAUACACAGAGACUUCCAUUGAGGAAAAAUCUCGUGUGCAAAAAAAUCUUACACACAUAUUGUCGACGGAAAGUCCAGACCCUGAAACUGGAUGCGAUGUGGAUGCAGUAGAAGAGGCAAAAGAACUCUGGGUCCAGUUGUCCUCUCAACCCCCUGCACCACUGGUAUUUAAUGUAGAGAUGGAGCAGUUGGCUUCAUUUGUGGAGUGCAAAGCUGCCUUUGAUGCACGCUCUGUUCCAGCAGAUGGGGCAGUUCUCUUACACAUUUAUUUGAGAGUAACAUGCCCAUUUCCUGUCCGAUUUUCUAAGCUUGCAGUGUUCUUCAAUAAUCAGAUAUAUAACCAGUACUGCGUAGUUGAUACUGUACAAAAUGAGAAUGAAGGUGGGCUCUACUUACUCCCAGGCAAGACUAAACUGAUCCCCUUCAAAUUCACCCCACAGCCUGAAGAUGUCGGCAAGCAAUUGCAGGUCUCAUCCAUUGCACUUGAGCUCGGCUCUCAUAAGAGCCGCUGUGCAGUGUUACUGUGGAGUGGCGGCGGUGGUGAUGUGGCAACCAGUAGCAGCAACAGCAGUCUGCGUAAUGGUGCCCAGUCCUCAGCAGACAAUGAGGACCUAGUGGAUUGGGAUGAGAUUCAAAUCUUGUCCACUGUCAACAUUACACCUCGAGCACCCAAGAUGCACCUUUCUGUUAAUCAUUUAUCACCUGUACUUGUUAACGAGUUCUUCAAAGUCAAGCUUUCAUUGGUCAACCAGGAAGAAACAUCUGUCUCUGACGUUAGGAUUGUGAUGGGCUUUCAAGAAGAACCUGAUCCCUCUGAUGCAGACAACAGCACAGUGUGUUUAGAACCGCCUCCACCUAGUCACCAUGCUCCUGUACAAAGCUCGGUCUCAUUUCACCACGAAACACUAGACAAAGAGCUGGAGCAAGUGUACUAUGUCAGAUGUGCGCAGGUUGGCAGUAGGGCCAUGUUUGCCAGGGUAACGUAUACAGUAAGCUCUCAAGCAGAUGCCUCCUCCACACCAACAGUUUGUGUCUGUACCAAGGAGGAGAAACUUACAGUCAAAACAAUUACACCAUUUGAUAUCUCUCUUUCAUUGAACAGCUUACGGCUCGAAAGCCGUGAUCACGUGAGUGAGGAGGAACCCUUCCUGAUGUUGGCGAGUAUCAAGUGCGCGUCACCAUGGCCCGUCACCUUUGUAACAACAAAACUCAACCUGUCUGCUGAAGUUGGGUUUGUUGGUGAACCGAUGCCUUCGCAACUUCAAGGAGUGUGCCUACAGCAAGGCGAGAGCGCGUGUGAAUGCUACUGUCUAUCUGCACGGGAGGGGAGCAGCGCGCACAAGUCAGUCAACAUCGGCACGCUUGUUCUUGAGCUCCGCCGCACGGACUCGCCCCAGGACUGCCCUGCCGUGGUCACAGAAUUCACGGUCCCGUCAGUCACGGUGGAAAGUGUCCCAUUCUACAUUGAAACAGAGCUUCCAGCCUAUGGCUGUGUGCAGACACUUUUGCCUUUAACCUACAUCAUCCACAACAGAACACUGCAAAUACAAGAGGUCGAAGUCAACAUUGAGCCCAGUGACGCAUUCAUGUUCGCAGGACAAAAACAGGUCCAGUUCCGCCUUCUACCAGCUGCUGACCACAAACUCUCGUACAACCUGUAUCCAAUGGUUACGGGUCACGUGACUCUCCCCAAACUUCAUCUUAAUUUGCCUCGAUUCCAAGUCAGCUGGAAUGAGCACGCGCAAAAGAUGAUUCCCACGCAUGUUUUUGUAAAGCCACGUAUAAAAGAAGCUGCAGCGUGAUUGCUUCACAAAACCACCUACACCUCACACUAAGCUGAGUCAAGACCGUACAUAGCAACCUGCAUCAUCCCAACAGAUAUUCGCAUCAUCGAUGUCUGCAUCGUACGUUUUAUCGAUAGUCUUAAGGACACCGAAAAAUAUUAAUCCAUAAUACUCACAAAAAUUUGUAAAUAGGAUUAAUUGAAAUUAGGGGCAAAUAAAUAGGAAAGAUGGUUAUAAUAA